UUAAAAAAUGGAGCUAAGAAGUAGAAUCAUUGAUGGCACACAGAACCGGAAGAAUGCCAAUAUUAAGAACAGAGUGACGGAGAAAACUAUUUUGAGGAAGCAAAAUAAAUUUGAUAAGAAAAUUAUGGAAUUACUGCUCGGCAUCAAAACUAAAAAUGUACUGAUUUGGGGUGCCUUUUCAAGUGAUAAUAGAGCUAUUAAACAUUUGAUCAAAUUAAACAUGAAAAUUGACGGGAUUGAUAGCUUACAAAUAGAUUCUCACAACAGGAAAUUCAUCAAAAAUUAUAAAAAUUUCGUUCAACAAGUCCCUACCAGAAAAUGAAAAAUUCUGAUCCUUGAGAGAUUAUAAGAAACUUUUCAAAUCCUUCUAAAGGUCUAACAAAUUAUCUCAAGGGUAUAUCUAAAUCCCUCAGCUUCAUCACCCAAGAAUUCCAUUUAAAAAGAUCAUCGCUAGGGCCGAACGACCUAUCAAAAAUCUUAGUCUACUGAAGACACAUGCACACCGUUUCUUUUACUGAAUGAUUGAUUCCCCUUCAAUCUCAGAAUCCUCCGAUAUACCAUCGACAAAACUCAAAAUGCGUAUUAUCAAAGGCCUCUAUAGCAUACAAUAUUCAGAUUAAGAAAGUCAGAUUCACAGACUGUAAUCCAACAAAUCUGUUCAAGGAGGAAAAGACUCUAGAUUUGCUCACGAAUUUGGUGACACUUUUGGUGUUUUCCCCAUUUCAGAAGAAUCUGUGAAUGAUUGAAUUUAAUCAUAGUAGAGCAAAUUUCCAAUCAAAAGAUAUCCAAAGCAUGUUCUGCUUUCCCUUCCUCAAGAUCAGAACCAAUCCUGAAAGAACAACUGUAUAUUUCCAUUUUGAAUAA